UCCGACGAGGCGAGGCGGCUCUGCACGCUCCCGGCCGGGCGGGCAGCUCGUCGGCGCUCCCUGCUCGGCCCGGGCUCCCUGAUUGAGCAGCGGCGGCGGCAGCAGCAGCGCCCAGGUAGCCGCCGCCGCGUUGGGGUCGCCGCCCGCUCCGGUGCUGCGAUUGUGGGUCUGGCUGGCCGCGACCCGGCGACGCGGCGCCUCCGCGGCGGCACCAAUUACAGUGGCGGCAGCGGCUGCGUUGCAGUCCCAGGUCCGGCCUCCUCGCCAGUGCGGCGGGGAGGGAGCCAAACACCGGCCCCGCUCGGGGACACGAUGGGCGAGGAUGGGGCAGCUCGCAGGAGAAGCUGAUCUCUACCGAAUGUGCCACGUUGUUUCAGUGAAGAAAACCAGAGCUUAUUGGUACAGUCCUGAGUAAAGAGGGCUUGUGGACUCAAGAACAGUUGUCCUGUAUUUGACAUCUUAGAAACAAUGCUGUUGAACAGCCUUCUGCAAGGCAAUAGGAUGGAGUUUAACGAAGACAACUUGCUGACUAAUGAGCUGGAAUGUCUCCUGAGUUGUGACUGUUGCACACCUGAACUAUGAAUUUAACCCUUGGUUUUGGGCUGUAAAACCAAACUGAAGAGACUUCAGAGCUGGUUGAACAGCCAUGGCAUACUUUAGUCCAUGGAAGUUGUCCUCUCAGAAACUUGGCUUCUUUCUUGUGACUUUUGGAUUCAUUUGGGGAAUGAUGCUGUUGCAUUUUACUAUCCAACAGAAGAAUCAACACGAAACUAGUUCAGUGCUUCGUGAACAAAUACUGGACCUAAGCAAAAGGUAUAUAAAAGCACUGGCAGAAGAGAAUAGAAAUGUGGUGGAUGGACCAUACGUUGGGACUAUGACUGCUUAUGAUCUGAAGAAAACACUUGCUGUCCUACUGGAUAAUAUCUUGCAGCGUAUUGGGAAGCUUGAGUCCAAAGUGGAGAACCUUGUAAUCAAUGGCACAGCUGCAAACGCUACAAACAGUACCACCACUGCUCUUCCCAGUUCAGGAACUGCUGAAAAGAUAAAUGUAGCUGAUCUCAUUAAUGGAGCACAGGAACAGUGUGAAUUGCCUCCUAUGGAUGGCUUCCCCCACUGUGAGGGCAAAAUAAAAUGGAUGAAAGAUAUGUGGCGAUCUGAUCCUUGUUACUCAAGUUAUGGUGUGGAUGGGUCCACAUGUUCCUUCUUUAUUUACCUCAGUGAGGUUGAAAACUGGUGUCCUCGUUUACCCUGGAGAUCAAAAAAUCCAAAUGAAGAAAUGGAUCAAAAGACAAUGGCGGAAAUUCGAACCAAUUUUGAUUUGCUUUACAAAAUGAUGUCCAGACAUGAAGAAUUUAGAUGGAUGAUGCUUAGAAUACGAAGGAUGGCUGAUACAUGGAUAGAAGCAAUUAAAUCACUAGCUGAUAAACAAAACCUGGAGAAGAGAAAACGGAAAAAAGUUCUUGUUCAUCUGGGACUCCUGACAAAAGAGUCUGGAUUCAAGAUAGCGGAGAAUGCCUUUAGUGGAGGCCCACUUGGUGAAUUAGUCCAAUGGAGUGAUUUAAUUACAUCUCUGUAUUUACUGGGCCAUGACAUUAGGAUUUCAGCUUCGCUGGCAGAGCUCAAGGAGAUUAUGAAGAAGGUUGUUGGUAACCGAUCAGGCUGCCCAACACAAGGAGAUAAAGUUGUAGAACUUAUUUACAUUGACAUUGUUGGGCUCACUCAAUUUAAGAAAACCCUUGGACCAUCCUGGGUUCAUUAUCAGUGCAUGUUACGAGUGCUAGAUUCAUUUGGGACUGAACCGGAGUUUAACCAGGCUCAUUAUGCCCAGUCUAAAGGCCACAAAACGCCUUGGGGGAAAUGGAACCUUAAUCCACAACAGUUCUACACAAUGUUUCCUCACACUCCAGACAACAGUUUCCUUGGGUUUGUGGUGGAACAGUAUCUAAACUCCAGUGACAUAAAGCACUUCAAUGUCAUCAAAAGGCAGAACCAGUCACUUGUCUAUGGCAAAGUUGAUAACUUCUGGAAGGAUAAGAAGUCUUAUUUGGAUAUAAUCCACACCUAUACAGAAGUCCAUGGAACUGUUCACGGGACAAGCACUAUCUACAUGCCUACCUACGUGAAGAAUCAUGGUAUCCUCAGUGGCCGGGAUUUACAGUUCCUGCUUAGAGAGACCAAACUUUUUGUUGGUCUUGGUUUUCCAUACGAGGGGCCUGCUCCUUUAGAAGCCAUUGCAAAUGGGUGUGCUUUUCUGAAUCCAAAGUUCAGUCCUCCCAAAAGCAGCAAAAACACAGACUUCUUCAGAGGCAAACCAACCCUCAGGGAGUUAACAUCUCAACACCCCUAUGCUGAAGUUUACAUUGGGAAGCCUCACGUCUGGACUGUGAACAUCAACGAUCUUUCUGAAAUUGAGAGGGCAGUCAGAGCCAUUUUGAACCAAAAGAUUGAACCGUAUCUACCCUAUGAAUUCACAUGUGAGGGGAUGCUUCAGAGAAUGAAUGCAUUCAUAGAGAAACAGGAUUUUUGCCAUGGACAAGUGAUGUGGCCCCCAUUAAGUGCCCUCCAGGUUAAAAUUGCUGGCCCUGGGAAAUCAUGCAAGCAGGUUUGUCAAGAAAACCAGCUCAUCUGUGAGCCAUCCUUUUUCCAGCACCUGAACAAGGACAAAGACCUCCUCAAGUACAACAUUGAAUGCCAUACAGUUGAAUCGGCAAAUGAUAUCAUUAUCCCGUCUUUUGACGAAAAGAAAAAACAUUGUGUUUUCCAAGGUGAUCUCUUGCUGUUCAGCUGUGCAGGAUCCCAUCCAAACCACAAAAGGAUCUGCCCUUGUAGAGACUACCUUAAAGGACAAGUUGCACUUUGUAAAGACUGUCUAUAGCAACAACUCAUACCACUUUAUUUGGGGACACAAAAGCUAGUAGCUUGGAAAGAGCUACUGCCAUUUCCUGCACUUUGCCCAGUUGACUCGCUGCAGGCAGAACAACUGUUGAAAAGUGGGAACCUGUACCAAGAUGGAGCAGAUUAGCUAUUUAAAAAAACCUCAGCGAUUUAUAUUUUUUCUUAAGUGAGAAAUUCUUGUGAAGCUCACUGAAACCUUUUAUCUACUUAAAAGAGUAGGUGGCAAAUGAAGUUCAGUGCUUUGUAAAGGUAAAUCAAGAAUUCGGUCUAUAUUGGGGGAUCCCCCCAACUCAAUUAGCAAUUUUCUGAAUAAUAUUUCAAUAACAAAGUAAGCAAAAAAAAAUCUGGAAGAGAUUGGACAGUGCAGGAAAAACUGGUACAUAUCCUAAGUGCGCUGUUCCUUGGGUUUUGCUGACCCUUACAUGCUGGUGCUGUCCCUACGAACUUGAAACUGCAAGGUAACACAGCUACUGAAUAUAUCACCUGGUUGGCUACUGGUUUCUCUCUUGCCCUUCAUGUGUUACAAAUGACCAUCCACAGCAUCUCAACUGUUCAGGAUGCCUAAGCAAAUAGCACCAUGAGCUGGGAGGCCUGGUGGCAGCUGGGCUGACAAAUCCUUUUGGCUUGAUAACAGAUUAUACUUGUGGCAUUCAUCAGGGCUUCAGUGGCCACUUGAAUAUAUAUUGUAAAUGGGUUGCUGGUUCUGUCCAGAAUGAUCACCUCACUCCUUUAUUUUUGCUCCCCCACCCUUCUGUCACAGAAUGGCAUGCAGAAAGAAGUAUGAGAAUAUUCAAAGAGAAGUAGUGUCUUUGGUGCAAUAUUAUCCGACUUUGCUGUAAGGCAUUGGAAAGAUAACAGAAAGAUCACAGUAUGAAGAAAGUAAUCAUGACAGAAUGUAUGGUAGGACAGUGGACUUCCUUAAAAGCCAAUGGUUGUUAUUUUACCUGGGCCAUGCACAAAAAACAUGGGUACUUUUCCAAAGUACUUCUACUGAGCAGAAGCCAAUUGUGGGGAUGUAGUCCAUUGUGUUAAAUGUUUCAGUUAAUCAAGUUCUAUUAAUUAGAUUUUGCUUGCAGAAUGGAGAUCAGCUCUUCCUUUUUUUGGAAAAAAAUGUAGAGUAAUUUUUAUUUUUAAAAAAUGUUUUUGCAGCACAACUGGCAUUUUAAAUGCACUAUUUAUGACCAGAGAGGGGAAAAGAUGUUAAUAGAAAACAAAAAUUUCAUCCUUUGCAGCUAGAUCUGAAAACCACCACAGGUUGGGGGAAAAGUGGGUUUUUUCAAUAUUGCACCUGAGGGUGAUUUCUAGUGGAAAAUUGACUUCUUUUCUGUUCUUUUGUAAUCUCUUAAUUCAUUAUUUGUUAUUCAUUAUUUUCUGCGGUGAGCACUAAUGUAUCUUUUGACAUACCAAAGACCAUAGGGCAAAACAUUAUUCUCUAACAAAUUAUCAAGAUAAGGAGCUUCUUGAAAAAAAAAAAGAAAGAAAAGGAAAGGAAAAAAGUUCAAUUUUUUUAAAAUAUCACCUUUAUUUUACUAAGUAGUGCAAUGACAAUUGUUUAAUGGAAACUGAAUGCUAAAACAUCCCUUUUCAGCUAUUACACAAGAGGCAUAUCAAUAAAUGGCGGGGAUUUUAAAAACAGUAUCGUGAGGAGAAAAAGCUGCUUUCCCCACACUCCACGGUAGGAUUCACUCUGGCGGUAGGAUUCACUUCACUUUCUGAUAUGAGGAAGUCUUUCUUUGGUUUUCUGCAAUGGAUUCGUUCUGUAUGUAGGUGUUGGCUUCUUAAGCAGUUUCUACCCAGAGUUGCCCACAAGAGCAACUUGAUAGCAAAAAGGGCUACCCUACUAAAAUGUCCAUUCUCAAGGCAGCUCGCACUGACUGCUGGUGAUUUAUUUGCUUUAUUCAGCAUUUCUGAUUAAGGCAGAUGCCAGCAAAUUUAGGCCAGCAGAUAACAAAGCACUCCGGCUUAUUUCAUCCGUAAAACAUUAGAAAAUAUUUGUGCUAUAAAUAUGCCUUUGUUCACAUACACAAAUUUAGUGCUCCUUUCGUAAGGGAGGCCCAACUCCAGCGUAAUGUUUAUUUUCCACAGAAGAUAAUCCAAAGUUUAUGCACAUUUUGCAGGGAAGUCUGAACCAGGCUGUUUCUUGAAGAACUUUCUUUCAACAUUACCAUGGAUUUUGUAUUCUGAUAUAGCAUUUUUACGUCUAUUUGCAUUGCAUCACAGAAUAAAAUACCGUGUCAGAAAAAGCCCCAAGACAAGGAUAAAGUUUUGCUAGUUUGUUGACACUGUAAUGUUUACUGGUCAGUAAUAUAGGUCUUUCCCACAGUGGGGGGACAUGGAUGUGCUUAUCCUCCUUUGUUUUGUAGACUUGUUAAUUAAUUGCUAUCUACUGACUUGUUGUUGUUUUUUUAUGUUGGUGACAAAAAGUGUUUAAUUGCUACUGAUGGCAAAAAUGAGUGAGAAUGUAAUAGGAUGGUAGAACUUAUAAAGUCUUUGUCCUUCAAUAGAAAUCUUAUGAUUUCUUUGAGAACACAAUGAAACUUUAUAUUCUUCCAUUUAUUUCAGUACUGGGCUGGUGCAGCAUUUUGUAACAAUAAUACAUUUCUGAUCAUGAGAGACACCUGAAUUUGUAUGUUUGCCCCAUGACAAAUGCAGAGUUUGUUUACAAUGAAGGUUUGGAUGCAGUUUCAAUUAACAAUGAUUCAGUCAGCACAGAUUUCUUGGAAGAGUGUUAUUAAAAUACAAAAGGGAAUGGCUCACUGUAGACGUGAUGCCACACCAUGGCUUGAAUGAGCUUGGAUGUUCCUCAUCCUAGUUUCUCUCUCUUCUACUGCACAGUAAAAUCCCUCUCUUCAUGUCUGCUGUUGCAUACCAGCAAAGUGUAGUUCACUUCCAGACUAUGGUUUGUUCCAGCAAGAGGAGAAGGGAAUGGAAUUGUGAUGGGAGAAGAUGUGAAGGACAGUGUGAGCCAGAGACUGAUUGACAUAGCAUUAAACCAAGGUUUGGUAUUUGGUCUGAACUCAGUAAAUAAAGCUAGGUGGCAUAAUCUGGUUUGCAAACUGAUGGUUUUGUUUUCACAGUGUCAUUUAUAAAAACUACAAUGUUAUAGAAGUGGGCACCACCCUUCCUUCCUCACCUGAGUGUUUUCCUGAAAGAAUGAAUGCUGGGACCAGAUAUUUCACUUGAGGACCUUGAGAAGUUCUAAGUGAACACAUGGAACUGCUUAUCUUUUCCUGUUAUAGGAUAUACGUUUUUGGCAAAUUUUGGUUUAGGAUACUCUGGGUUUGAAUUCGUGUUAUCUAAUUUCAAAAUAUAAAUUGAAACAUGCCAGUCACCAGUAGCAGCAAUAUGUCUUGAUAAAUCAAAAACUCCUUUAUUUUUCAAGGUGGUUUUUUUUCUUUGUGGCCUGAUAUCUUCAAUAAUCUUGCUCCAUAAAAAUACCAAAACUUGAGAAAAGCAUUGACAUAAUUUAUAUUUUGAAACUUAACAUUAAAUGGCUUGCCUUUGAAAGGUAAAGAUUGAAUACACUGUUUAUAAAUGCUAAUAAAAACCUCAUUGAUUUCAUAUAUGCAAGUUGAUUUGCACAUCUAUAAAUAGAUAUUCCUUGGGUUUGUU